AUGGGCAACUCAAAAAUUAGAGACUAUGACAGCAUUACAUCUUUUCUUGGAAAUUGGGGACCCUUUCAGCGAAGGAUUUUUUUAGCACUCGCCAUCAGCAUCCUCCCGAAUGGUUUUACUGGCAUCUAUAUAGUAUUCGUGGCUGAUACCCCUCCUCAUGAGUGCCGCAUCCCUGAAAACUACAACAUCAGUGAGAUGUGGAGAAACGUGACGAUCCCACUGGAAACAGUCGAUGGCGUCUCAAAGCGCAGCUCUUGCUCAAGGCUUAACCUCGGAAUUGUCAUGAACUACUCUCAAAAUGAUAUCAUCCCAAACGUGGAUGUGAACGUGAGUGAAAUUCCUUUGGAGAGCUGUGUGGAUGGGUGGACAUACAGCAAGGAAAUCUACCAGUCAACCAUAGUCACGGAGUGGGACUUGGUCUGUGAGAAUGGAUACAAAACUCCACUGACCACCUCUAUCCAUUACGUUGGCGUGCUGGUGGGAUCGUUCAUCUCAGGCCAGAUGUCUGACAGGUAUGGAAGGAGGCCGGCGCUCUUUCUCAUGAUGGGUCUGCAGACUGUGGCAAUCACAGCGCAGAUAUUCUCCCCCAGCUGGGAGGUCUUCACCCUUAUUUUCUUCUUUGCGGGUGCAGGGGGAUUCUCCAACUGUACCAUUGCAUUCGUGCUGGGUACAGAAACCCUGAGCCCAAAAGCCAGAGUUGCCUUCUCCUCCAUGGGGGUUUUUAUGUCCUGUGCUUUGGGGUACAUGGCAAUGCCAGGUGUGGCUUACCUCCUCCGUGAAUGGCGGUUGCUGCUGAUUCCCAUGGCUGCCUCAAACUUGAUCUACAUUCCUCUGUGGUGGAUAGUCCCAGAGUCUCCUCGCUGGCUGUUCUAUAAGGGAAGAGUGAAGGAAGCUGAAGCCAUACUGAGAGACGCUGCCAAGACGAGUAAUAUAGAAGCUCCACAGGCCAUUUUUACACAAGAUGAGAUCGAAGAUGUACUGGCUUUGAAAGAUGAGAAAUACAACUUUUCGGUCAUCCUGAGCAACUGCAAUGUGUUCUCUAUUACCCUGCUGUGUUCCCUUCUGUGGGUUAUCAUCACCAUUAGUUACUAUGCUUUAAUCCUCAACACUUCAAACCUGCACGGCGACCCUUACCUAAACUGCUUCCUGUCUGCUGCGACCGAAGUGCCGGCUUACAUAAUUGCCUUGUUACUGCUCCAGUUCUGCUCCCGGCACUUGUGCCAGUCCUCGACACUCUUUCUUGGCGGCGUCAUGAUCCUGUGCGUUCACCUCAUCCCGAUAGAUUUACCGAGUGUGUCUGUGUUUCUUGAGAUGUUGGGAAAGUUUGGCGUCACAGCUGCAUUUUGUGUGGUGUACACCGUUACAUCCGAGCUCUUCCCCACCGUUAUCAGAAAUACAGCUAUGGGGUGCUGUUCCAUGGCUGCUCGUGUUGGAACCAUCCUCUCCCCUUUUAUCAUUUAUCUAGGACAAUACUACAAAGCCCUCCCAUACAUACUGAUGGGAAGUUUAGCCAUUUCCGGUGCUUUCUUAUGUCUCCUGCUGCCAGAAAGUUACGGGAAGGUUUUGCCAGAGACCCUAUCCCAAAUGCAGCAGAUAUGCGGGAGGAGAAGAGGAAAGGAAGGAAAGGAGGCUGAGAACGGAGAGAGCACCGCUGAGUAUCAGAGUAAAGAAUCCAAGUUAUAGUCAGUCAUGAUUUCUGCUUGUGUUUUUGUUUUUUAGUGACCAUCACAGAUAAUGAUGGUCACACACUGUGACUGCACUAACACUGACUAAUUUCAAGACCAUUAUUACAAGAUCUUUCGUUUAAUGUGCAGUCCUGUUUUUAAGUGUUUUUGUUUGCCAACUGCAUUUGGAGCCUAAUGAACUAACUGUUCAACUUAUUUGUUUGUUUUUUAUUAAAUGAUUAAUGGAAAGUAUUGUAAAGGUCCAGAUGUAGGAUUUAGCAGCAUCAGGUGGUGAGAUUGCAGAUUUCAACCAGCUAAGCACACCUCACCUCAUCCUCCCCUACACUGGCUGCCAGAAACACAACAAAACUUGAAAGGCCAGUGUUCGAUUUGUCCAUGGGUGGUGGUGCAACAUGGCGGAAGAGGACUCUCUGUAGAAGGAUUGUACUCUAUUUCUGCCAAUAGAUUCCCAUCUCCGCUUCAUGUCAGGCUUCUAUGUAAUCCUGUCAGGGUUUCUUAUUUCUCCAUAGGAACAUGCUCACUAUACAUUAUCCUGCUUAGAACAUGGCUUACUACUAAAACAUUCAAUAAUGUGAAACUAAA